CUCAACCCAUAUCUUAGCAGACGAAGAAAGUUUUGUUUCAGCUGAUUGGCUGUCGAUUAAUGAAAUCGUGAUUGGAUUGCAUUCAGAUGACUUCAGGAUUUUACGAUAUGCGAACUAGAGUUUUCGAAAAAUAUUAAAACUGCGAAAUGACGACUCCAAGAUAUAUUGAGCAACGAAAUCGGGUUAUGUUAGGAAGUCUUCCUGAAGACUUCUUACGAGUCGAAUCUGCUGAUUCUAGAGAUGGCACUACCAAUGCUCAUUCUCAAACAAGACAGGGUACCCAACAUCAACAAAAUUAUGCCCAGGCUAAUAUGGCCACACAGAUAACACUUGGUGUUGUAGGGGCCCAGUUAGCAAAGAACUACAGUAUAACUAAAAUGGAUCCAUAUGUAAGGGUCAGAAUAGGACAUGCUGUAUUUGAAACUCAAACUGAUGUCAGAGGAGGAAAAUUCCCUAGUUGGAACAAAACUAUCACUGCAUACCUUCCUCAUGGUAUAAGAACUAUUCACAUAGAGAUUUUUGAUGAGAAUACACUUAUACCAGAUGAACGCAUUGCAUAUGCAGAUUAUGUUUUGACAGACGAAGCUCUACAAGGAAAAUUUGUUGAUACUUGGGUCCCAUUGAGUGGCAAGCAAGGUGAAGGGAAAGAAGGAUCAAUCAAUAUAACCAUUUACAUUAGAUCUGUGCCUUACUGGUCUUCAGUUAUGCCAGCUGCUGCUCCAUUAAUGGUCAUUCCUCAGCCCUCUUUAGGAGUCUGGCCGUAUUACGUUGGUGGCCAACCCAUUUCAAUUUGUCCACAACCUGUACAAAAUCCAAAUUAUCCAGCACCUGUGCAGCCGCCUCAGCCAAAUUACCAACCAUCAGAAGAUGAUAUUAAACAGAUGCAAGAAAUGUUCCCAUCAUAUGAUCGAGAGGUGAUUUUAGGGGUGUUGGAAAACCACCGUGGAAAUAAGGACCAAGCCAUAACUUCUCUUCUAUCACUGGGUGACAAAUGAUCUCGAUUCUUGAAAGCAUUUUAUGUAGUGUCUUUGAGUUUGUUCAUCUAUCCCAGAUUAUAAUUGUACAUUUUGAAGUUCUUUUUUUUUUUUUU